GGAAGAUAGAAAUGAAAUUAACCUAGCUCAGAAUGCACAUUCUUCCAUACAGAAUUGUGUGUUCCUUCUCUCUCUCCCUGCUCACUCGGUGAGAACUCACAAGUUAUCAGUGAGCCUUACAUAUAUGAGAUUUCUAGAUCUCCAGCAUUGACUCAUUGUAACUAACUUUCCCAUCAAUUUGUCGUUUUAAUUUUGGAUUUGGUUUGCCGAAUGGGAGAAACGGUGGUCAUGCAGAGCAGGAAGCGGAGAUUCCAAAGAGAAUAAUCAAACACACUAUUUUGCUUCUGCUUUCUGGCUUUUCGUAGUCUAUCAGUUUUGGAUUUUUUAAAUUAAUUGAGCAGAAAUAAAAUAUUCGAUCCCUUCUGCACUUACUCAGUACUCACAUGCUUCAUCACUCAGCGGUUAGUCGGCGAAAGGUUCAACGGUGGAGGUGCUCCUUGUGGUGAGGAAAGGAUCGUGAUUGAAAAAAGUUGUGACCUUUAUGGGGAAAUUGAGCUUCUGAGAGCACCAUGUGAUAGUCCCAGGCAGGAAUCUAAUUCUUUUAUUUUCCUUGACGUUUUUCAUUGAGGAUUGGAGAAGUGAAGUGAAUGGAGGUUGGGGAGAUGGAUGGAAAAGAGCCACAAGUUGAGGUUCCUUUGGUACCUGCCACCCUUAUUAAGCCUGUUCCUCUAAAACCAGUGCCGAUCUACACGCCCGGGGUGAUUAACCAAAUGGGUUAUCAUGCAAAUGGAGCAGUUGCAUGUGUUGAAUUUUCAAUUGGCCAGGAGAAAUUGUGUAGGUCAGAUAUUAGGUCAGCUAUUGGGUCAGACGUCGCUCGUGACAGUGGCAAAACUGGCGAACAUACAGCUUCUGAUGCUUCUUCCAGCUUCAGCAAACUCGGGUUUUGUGAACAUUUGUUCGCGGUUGAGGCUGAAUCGAGGAACUCCAGUAUGACAAAAGGGACUAAUGAAGGAUUCAACAAUCCAUUUGUCCCUUCUUUCAUCCUUGACAAUAUUCAGGACCCUCAGGAAACAUACAUUGCUUGCUGUAGCAACAGAAUUUCACAGGAUACCCCAUUUACACUUGACAAUGCGGACAAAGAAAGCAGACAAAUAGCAUCAAUGCAAAUCAAUAUGGAAGAAAAUGAUCCAGGUGGGGAAGAGAGAAAUGGCCCUGCCAGUAAGCUUGACAGUAAUGUACUGCCAAGCAGCAAAGAACUCUGUGACCCUAUCAUGGAAUUCGCUGCUAUUUCUUCACCAUUCAAGGAGAAUCAAAACCAGGAUAAGGGAAGCAAUCUUGAUACUAAUCUUAAUAAAACACCACAACCAAAACCAAGGAGAAGAAAACACCGUCCCAAGGUCAUCAAAGAAGGCAAACCCAAAAGAACUCAGAAGCCUGUUACCCCAAAGCCUGUUCAAUCAAAAGGAAACCCAACUGUGAAGAGGAAAUAUGUGAGAAAGAAUGCAUUGACCAAGACUUCUAUUCCUCCAACGGAAGUGACUAGCGAAUUGACAAAAGAAAUGCCUGAAACUGCCAAAACGUCUUGUAGAAGGGUCAUAAAUUUUGACAUGGGAGCAAGAGAUGAAAGUUCUGCUGGCAUAGAAAACGUAACUGCACUGUUGGGAAAAGAAAAUGGCGUGAAUGUAGGCCUUGCAGAUGAUCUGAACUCUUAUGUGAAGCAGGCGUCAAACAGUUACACAUCAAUACCAGAAGACACGCAAGCCCAAAAUACAUUUCCUUCGGGAAGAAAAGGCUCAGGGACAAAACCAGCUGCAAAGAGGAAGUAUGUGAGAAGGAAAGGAGUGAGCAUGACUUCUGCUCCUGCAGCAGAAAUUACUUUAGGGAUGCCCCAGUCCACCCAAAUGCCAUGUACAGAGUUUAGAAAUUUUGAUGAAAUAACCAGAGAUCAAAGGUGUGAAGUCAAAGAGCAUGCAACAGUAUGUACUGGUAGUGAAAUUGGUGUAAUCAUGCAGGAAAUGAAUGCAGGCCUAGCAAACUAUUUAAACACUUCCGUUACCCAGCCAACAAAAGAUUGCAUGUCUUUAGCAGAAGACUCACGAGCCCUAAAUACAUCUUCAGGAAGAAAAUGCUCUGUGACAGAACCAGAGGAAAACUCAGCUGUUAAGAAGAAUACAAGGAAAAAGGUGAAUUCGACUUCUCUAACAGAAGUGGCUGGAGAAAUGAUUACAGAAAAUGUGCCUGGAUCAGCCCAAGAGAAUCCAAUUAUCAUUCCAGGCAUAGAAAUUGGUGUAGCCAUGCAGGAUACUAAUGUAGGUCUUGCCUAUGAUCUUAACACUGACAUGAAGCUGGCAUCAAACACUUACGUGUCAUUACCAGAAGAAACACAAGCCACAAAUACAUCUUCAAGAAAAAAGAGAUCUGGGACAAAGCGAAACGAAAACCCAACUGCCAAAAGGAAGUAUGUGAGAAAGAAACGGGUGAAGACAUCUGCUCCUCCAAUUGAAGUACCAGGAGAAUUGACUAGAGAAAACAUGUCAGUAUCUCCUAUUCCUUCAGAAAUAACAGGAUUGACUGAAACAGUGAUAGUUCAUUCUAACAAUAUGUCAUGGAGGCCUUCAAAAUCUGACAUGGGAACUAGAGAUGUAAGGUAUGUACGGAGAGAAAAUUUACAUUUGCACAUGGGAAAGGAAAAUGUGGUGUUAGAGGAAACAAAAGUAGGUCUCAAGUGUAAUCAAGACCCUUGGAUGAACGCAACAUUAACUAAUUGCAAUCCAUUACCUGACAGAAUGCAACAACUUGGUACAUCUCCUGGAGCUACACAUCUUAGUACAUCUCUUUCAAAAUACACCCACCUUGGGACAACGGCUUGGGAUGGAAACAUCAGUAAUAGUCAAAGUUCAACCAUGAGGUUACAAAUGGAUGGUACAAAGAGGAAAUAUUCUAGUAGCUUUAGUCAUGCUGAUGACAGCAGCAUGAAUCUGAUUGGAGCACAUUUUAAUGGAUUGUUAUCAUACAAGAAUAGCUGCUACCUUCAGUUUCCAAACAUACAGAAGAAAAGGAGAACUGGAAAAGGGAAAACUUCUGGCACGUACAACAAAUCUGUGACUGCAACAAAAGUCCAACAGGCAUAUCCUCAGAAAGAUGCUCUAGGACAUCCUUAUGCAUCACGCCCUAGCUGCUGGAAUUAUGGAUCUGGUUAUAAUACGACAGCGGUCCCAGUCAUUAGUGAAUUUCCUGAAAAUUUUAUUGAUAAUACUAAAGCAUUUAUGUUGUCUUUGAAAAGGCGGGAAGAAAGGUCUCAAACCUCUAAUUGUGGUUCUGGUUCUCCAACCAGAAUUAGAAACGGUGAUACUGAACCAAAUUAUAAUACAAAACAAGUAGGGAUACCUGCCAGAGAAACAUUUAGGGAUGCAAAAAGACCUCAAACAUGCAUUGAUGCUUUAAUCGCAGAUACACCUACAUCACUGCCAAAAAAGAAACGGAAUAGAAAGAAAAAAGUCAUUUCCAGUUCAGCACAUUCUAACACAAACGAGAUGCUACAUAAUUUUACAUUGGGGAAGCCAUCAGAUGUUGCUUCCGAAGUACUGUGGAAAACAAUGAGCUAUGUUGAUGCAUUAACAUUGCAGUUUAGACGACUAAACAUAAACACAGAAGCCAGAGACCUCGCAUUUCAUGAGCAGAAUGCACUUGUUCUGUAUAAACAGCCAAAUCGAAAGCAAAACAGCCUUAUCCGUGGAGAUGGGGCCAUUGUUCCCCUUCAAAUCAAGAAACAGCAUCUACGACCAAAGGUUGACCUUGAUGAUGAGACCGAUAGAGUGUGGAAGCUUUUGUUGCUUGAUAUAAACAGUCCUGGAAUUGAUGGAACAGAUGAAGAUAGGGCCAAAUGGUGGGAAGAAGAGCGGAAUGUGUUCCGAGGACGAGCAGACUCAUUUAUUGCACGGAUGCAUCUUGUACAAGGAGACAGACGAUUUUCUCGAUGGAAAGGAUCAGUUGUGGAUUCAGUGAUUGGAGUUUUCCUCACCCAGAAUGUCUCUGACCAUCUUUCCAGCUCUGCUUUCAUGUCCCUUGCUGCUCGAUUUCCAAAAAAUUUAGGUAGCAUGUACAAAGCACACCAGGCAGAAGACACAAGGCUGGAACCACAAGUGCGUGUAGUGGAACCAGAAGAAGGAACUGAAUGGAAUGUAAAAUUAUUGAAUCAAUCUGUUUAUGACCAGAGUUCUUUGACGACAGAUAUAGUUGAGCGUUCUGCAGAAAAAGAAGCCAUCAACAGCAAUGAUUCAUGUGGAACUACCAGCAGUGCAAUUAGUCUGUCAGAUGAAUCAAACUCCAGAUUGUCAGUAUCAUCUCAACAAAAUAUUAAGGAACAGUGUAGUCCAAUGGGAAGUGGACUAUAUUGUUCCACAAUUGAGGAAGGAGAAGAAAAAUCAUGUGAUGAUGAUAGGAAAGAGUUGAUUGAUAUAGUUUCAUCCCAAGGCUCUGUCAUUUCAUCUCAAAUUUCUGGAGAUUUUUCAAAUGAUCAAAAUCCUGAGAAAAUAGGAGCAUGUUCAGAUAGCAACUCGGAAGUAGAAGUUCUAUCGAAAACAGCAAAGUGCAACCAUUAUGAUAGUAACACUUCUUUCAGUAAACUCCUCGAAAUGGUUAGUUCAACCAAGUUUUAUGAAGAUAACAAUCAGAAAAGCAAAUCAAAUCAGAACUUAAGAGAUGCAUAUGAUCAAUCUUUAUGCAGGCAGCAUGACACCCCAAAAGAAAGCUUGCAAAAGUCAAGUGUUACUCAUGGCUCUUCAGAAGCAUCCAUUAACCUGUCCCAUGACUGCUUUGAUCCUUUCAAAACCAAAUCAUCAGGUGACUUCUUGAUGAAAAAGGAUGAUAAUGGCAUGAACAGAUCUAGUUCUCAAACAACAGAACCUGCCAGCCAAGUUGCAAUUACUCUUUCUCAAACUAUUGUGUCUCAAGUCCAUCCUCAGGAACAAAGCAAUCACCAGCAACAAAGCUUUUUCAAUUUCAACAGCCCUGAACAAACUCAAGAUCUUAUGCAGAAAGAAAGGGGAUCAGAUCUUGGCAAGCACAAAAAUGCCACGAGGAAUGGAGUCAAUGAGAUAAGUUCUGCCCCAUUAAAAGUAAAGACCAAGGAUCAAGGAAAAGUUCAAAAGGAUGAUUUUAACUGGGAUAGUUUAAGAAUAGAAGCACAAGCUAAGGCUGGGAAAAGAGAAAAGACAGAAAACACCAUGGAUUCUUUAGAUUGGGAAGCUGUGAGAUGUGUAGAUGUCAAUGAAAUUGCCAAGACCAUCAAAGAACGGGGUAUGAACAACAGGCUUGCAGAACGGAUUCAGAAUUUCCUGAAUCGCCUGGUUGAAGAACAUGGAAGCAUUGACCUUGAAUGGCUGAGAGAUGUUCCACCAGACAAAGCAAAAGAAUACUUGCUCAGUGUAAAAGGAUUGGGAUUGAAAAGUGUGGAAUGUGUGCGGCUUUUAACACUGCACCACCUUGCCUUCCCGGUAGACACAAAUGUUGGACGAAUAGCAGUACGACUGGGGUGGGUACCUCUGCAGCCACUGCCUGAAACACUGCAGUUGCAUCUCCUAGAAUUGUACCCAGUGUUGGAAUCAAUACAGAAAUACCUCUGGCCCCGACUGUGCAAGCUAGAUCAAAAAACACUAUAUGAGCUACAUUAUCAGAUGAUUACAUUUGGAAAGGUCUUCUGUACAAAAAGCAAACCAAAUUGUAAUGCAUGCCCAAUGAGAGGAGAAUGUAGACAUUUUGCUAGUGCAUUUGCAAGUGCAAGGCUUGCACUGCCUGGACCAGAGCAGAAGACUAUAGUUAGCACAGUUGGAAAUAGUGUGAUUGACCAGAAGCCAUCUGAAACCAUCAGUCAGUUGCACUUGCCUCCCCCUGAGAACACAACCCAAGGAGAAGAAAUUCAACUAACAGAAGUGUGCAGGCCAUUGGAAUCAAAAUCAGAGAUAAAUAUUUGUCACCCUAUCAUUGAAGAGCCAACAACUCCAGAACCAGAAUGCUCCCAAGUAUCACAAAUUGAUAUAGAGGAUACUUUCUAUGAGGAUUCAUGUGAAAUUCCUACCAUCAAGCUUAACAUAGAAGAGUUCACUCUGAAUUUACAAAAUUACAUGCAAGAAAAGAUGGAACUCCAAGAAGGUGAAAUGUCAAAGGCAUUGGUUGCUUUGAAUCCAGAAGCUGCUUCAAUUCCUAUGCCCAAGCUAAAGAAUGUGAGCCGAUUACGAACAGAGCACUGUGUUUAUGAACUCCCAGAUACACAUCCUCUUCUGCAAGGGUGGGACACACGAGAGCCUGAUGAUCCAGGCAAAUACCUUCUUGCUAUAUGGACUCCAGGUGAAACAGCAAAUUCUAUACAGCCACCAGAAAGCAAAUGCAGCUCCCGAGAAGAAUAUGGCCAACUCUGUAAUGAGAAGGAAUGUUUUUCAUGCAACAGUUUCCGAGAAGCUAAUUCACAGAUAGUUAGAGGGACACUCUUGAUACCAUGUCGAACAGCUAUGCGGGGAAGUUUUCCACUGAAUGGCACCUAUUUCCAGGUCAAUGAGGUAUUUUCUGACCACGAGUCUAGUCUUAACCCAAUCAGUGUGCCCCGAAGUUGGAUCUGGAACCUAAAUAGACGAACAGUAUAUUUUGGAACCUCCGUACCAACAAUAUUUAAAGGUUUAACAACUCAAGAAAUUCAACAAUGCUUUUGGAGAGGUUAUGUCUGCGUGCGGGGAUUUGACAGGGAAACACGAGCACCCCGUCCUCUGAUGGCUAGACUACAUUUCCCAGCUAGCAAGUUGGCUAAGACUAAAGAGAAGACCGAAAAGGGAUCGACUUCCGCAAAAUCACGAGGAAUGAAAUCAAAUGUAGAACAGCCGGAAUUGAUUUCUAACAGUAGCAACUUUUAAUGGAAGGGAAGAAACUUCAGAUAAAUCAGUAUUACGCAUCCCAUAGUGUGUUGACCGGUAGCAUGUAUAAAAUGACGAAGUCAUUAUUUAAUUUAACUUUGAGUUCUUUCUAUCGUGCUCAGAGACUGAGCAGUUUUUCCAGAUUAGGACCCCCAAUAAUGUCUGGUGGUAGCACUUAGGCUCUAGUUUCUUGUUUCCAGAAAAAAAAAUCACAUGAUGUGGAUUGUGAGCCAUGUAAUGCUGCUAUAUGAGAUUAACUGGGAUACUUGCGUAACAGCACAGUACCUUUCACCCCAACUACUGCUUAAGGUACUUACGAAUUCUAGAUUUGAAUGUCAUGCCCCUCUCUUCA